UCUCUCUCUCUCUCUCUCUCUCUCUCUCUGUUAUAUAGUAUCGUUCUUUUGCAAAUGUCGGCGAAUGAUUGUAUCGCCUCACCUUUCUUUAACCAGUCUACCGAACUUUUGAGUUCUUCUCCAAGAAAUCGUUUCCCAAACCAUGUAGAUAGUUGCUAUGAACACAUGCAUGAAUUGGAAAAAAAGUUUUGUAAAGACUUUUCUUGUUGCGGUUUAAAUCUAGAGAAUCUACAUGAUCUGUUGGAGCAUUUCGAGGAAUAUCAUUCCAUGAACACGGAAGGCAUGACCGAUCGUACGGCAGCCAGUGACGAAGAAAUGGACAGUAGCAGUAACAACAGCAGUACCCUACGCCACACGCUCCAUCGGAAAGAGCAGCUUCCACAUCCUCAGGCUGCCUGCUCUGUGGUUGCUGCUGCUUCGGAUAGGAUGGCGGACGAGGCUUCCAUCUUAUCCGCCACGGCUUCCCCCACGAUUUAUCAACAAACCAUCAUGGCGAUGAUGACGAUGGAUGACAACCACCGCGAAGACGACGUGACAGCAUUAGAACGUAGCUUUCCCUUUCUGCUACAGUCCACAGCAACAGCAACGCACAUGCCGUCCAGAAAACAGCACUUGACAAGGACCGAUCUCGCCCUCUUGGAGAAUGCCAACACCUAUGCCGCUUCCAAGACAAAGGUCGAAACGUUGGACUCGAUCAAAGAUGGACAUCCACAUCAUCAUCAUCGUUUGCCUACGCCUACCCGUGUGGGCAGCGCUGGGACUCACCGUCACAGGUCGGCUUCCACCAUGGCUCCUCCUCCUCCAUGGGAGGUGGAUCCUAAAGAACACAUCGAAAACAGUGUUGCAAAAUUGACAACGCAGCCAACUUCCUGCCCCUCUUUCAAUAAAAGCAUCAACAAAAACAAAAAAGGCUCCCCUUUUGCUAUGAAUACAGUGAGCAGCGGCAGCAAUAGUAGUCGUAGUAGUCGUAGUGAUAGUAGUAAUAGUAGUAGUAGUAGUAGUAGUAGUAGUAGUAGUGAUAUCUCGAUCGAGGGUAAAUACAGAUACAAUCUUUUAUCCAUAACACAAGUAGAUGUUGAUCGCUAUUUUUUUUUGCUUCCCUUAGUAGACACAGAAGACAGACCCUACCGUUGCCAUGUAGCCGACUGUGAUAAAGCUUACAAGAAUGCCAACGGCUUGAAAUAUCAUCGAUUACACGGUCAUUGUCCACCUUCCAACGACAACGACGUGUGGGAUGCCAGUCGACCUUACGUUUGCUCUUUUAACGAGGGUCAUUGUCGAAAGCGGUAUAAAAACUUGAACGGUCUUAAAUAUCACAUGGAACAUACACACAAGAUAAAGAUCUCAAACCUGACAUCAGACAUGUUUCUAAAGCAAAACGAAGCAAAGAUAAAGAAUAAUCAUACGCGUAACAGUAACAACAGUAGUAGUCAGCAACAACAACAACAACAACA